CAUUGAAAUAGACACUCCAAUGGCCAAAUAUGCUCUGGUUAGCGUCUUUAUCCUCUUUCUCAACUUGGCCACUUUGCUUUCUUCUCUUGCUUGCCCCUAUUGUCCUUACCCAACUCCACCCUCUAAGCCACCCAAGUAUCCUCCCAAGCUCCCACCCAAACAUCCUCCAAUUGUAAAACCACCGCCUCACCCUAAGCCACCACGGCCUCCCGCCGUCCCCAAACCUCCCCACGUGCCUAAACCACCGAUCACUUUCCCACCACCAAAGCCUCCGGUGACCCCAUCACCACCCCACUAUCCAAAACCACCUGUCACUCCAUCACCACCAACUGGAACACCAUGUCCUCCUCCUCCUCCACCACCCCCGGUUCCAUGUCCACCUCCACCGUCAAAGCCAGAGACUUGCCCCAUUGACACUCUCAAGCUAGGAGCAUGUGUUGACAUCCUAGGUGGUCUAGUGCAUAUUGUUAUUGGCAGUAGCGCUAAGGACGCUUGCUGUCCAGUGCUUCAGGGUCUUGCAGACUUGGAUGCUGCUUUGUGUCUUUGCACAACAAUUAAAGCUAAGCUUCUGAAUAUCAAUAUUAUUAUACCCAUUGCACUUGAGGUCCUCGUUGAUUGUGGCAAGACUCCGCCGCUGGGAUUCAAGUGUCCGGCCUAAGGCACUCACCGUCGGUCUUGAGCAGCAGGAUGAUGAUGGGAUUUUGUGGCACUACACAAGUGUACUUUGGAAGCGAGGCUUUUGUCACUGCUAGCUAACUAGUAAAUGGAUCCACAUCUCAGAAUCUGUUACUUUGUGUUUGUUCUAAACAUCAUGUACGCUUAUAUAUAAGUUUAUUAAUCAAAUAUAUACUACUUGUUGCUAAA